CAGAAGCUGCUGAGGUGCUGAAGUCGAGCACUAGAUGUGACUGAAACCAGUGUGAUCCAAUCAACGAGUGUGUUAAAGGACGAGUUCCGCCCUCGUGUCGGUUUAAUCGGUCCAUAUGAUCACGGGAGCGCGUAUAGAGCGCGUGCCAACUGAAAUAACGAGAUAUCAGCGCGAGACGGAGAGACUGGAUUAUGACGCGCGUCUGAGUGUAAUGUCACGCGCGACGGGGACGCGUGGCUGGGACAGGUGUGUUACCUGUGGCUGUGAACGGAGGGAAUGGGCUCGGAUCAGCAGCGCUUUCCUUGAACCCAGCAGUUGUUAAGCGAUCAGACGCGUGUUUGGAUAGUGGAGCGGUCGGGACGAGCCGGUGACUCUUGUGUAUCGAUUGAUCUCGAGCGACGGAUCGUGACGCCUUCGGCUCGGGUGAAGACACGCAAACCACUCCCUGAGCUCUCUUAGUGAUUGUGCAUCCAGUGUGAACGGGGAUUGUGUGCGGUUCUGACGCAUUCGUGAACCGGGCUGCGGUAUGUGCGAGACGGUGAUGGCCGUGUCUCAGCUGGACAUCGAGCCUCAUCCACCGGAGAACGGCUUCGUUACCCCCGAAACCAAUAAAUCGCCCGAUUUACUCUCGCAGAUCGACGGCGGUGUUUUGCCGAGCGUGGGCGGCUUCGGGAGAUUUCAGAAACAGCUGAUCGUUUUAACAUGGAUCCCGGCCAUUUUCAUUGGCUUCAGCCAAUUUUCUGACUAUUUUCUCCUGGCUGUGCCGGAUACUUGUGCGCAAGUGCAGCGGAAUAGCAGCGGUCCUUCUCCCGGUGUUACACCGGCGAUAUUCAAUUUCACCGUCAAUAACGCGAGCAGCUCCGCUAAUGCGUCAUCACAGUGCAUCUGCACACAGUCGGGAUGCGAACUGCAAAUCGGACUAGAACAGAAUGUUGUCACCAAGUGGAACCUGGUGGGGGACUCUGCCUGGGUGGUACACAUUGCCAAAUUCUCCCUGCUGGUGGGCUCCAUCUUUGGAUACUUGGUGUUGGGAGUUCUGGCGGAUUGGAUUGGACGACACCCGGUUCUGAUCCUGUCCGUCAUCUUCAUGUUAAUCUUCGGCAUGACGGUGGCCUUCUCCGUCAACGUCCCGAUGUUCAGCACCCUGCGCUUCUUCGAGGGCUUCUGCUUGGCAGGAAUCACGCUCUCGCUCUAUGCUCUGAGGAUAGAGCUGUGUCUGCCGGGAUGCCGUUUCUCUAUGACCAUGGUGGCAAACUUCGUGGCGUUGGCGGGGCAGUUGCUCAUGCCGGGACUGGCAGUCCUCUGUCGCGACUGGCAGAUUCUGCAAGCAGUCGUGAUCGCCCCUCUCUUACUCAUGCUGUCCUACAUCUGGAUUUUCCCGGAGUCUCUGCGCUGGCUGCUUGUGACGCAGCAGUACAGUCGCUCCAAAUGGAUCAUGGAGCGCGUCGCCAAGAAGAACAACAUCAGCCUCGAGGAGGACGCAGAGGAGCUCAUGACAGAGCUAAACCAAGCCCUGUCAAAGCAACCCAAGAAGACAUGCAUUGUGAAGAUGGUUGGCACAAGGAACCUGUGGAAGAAUAUAGUAGUGCUCUGCAUCAACUCACUGACAGGUUAUGGGAUACACCACUGCUUUGCACGCAGUCUGACGGAAGACCAGCAGACCUCCAUCUUCAAUAAUUUCUAUAUCAAGUACUACACCAUGGGGGGCACUGCUGUGGCAUCAUGUGUGGCGCUCUGUCCUGCCGUGGGUCUGAUGGGGCGGCGCGGGGGUCUCCUCGUGUUUAUGAUCAUCACAGCCCUGGCCUCUCUCCUUCAGCUCGGCCUGCUAAACCUGGUGGGGAAGUACAGUGCUCACCUGAAUAUAGACAACUCUGCAACGCUGAACUCCAACUUUUCAAUGGCUUUCUCCAUCAUUGGCAUGUUCUCCUCCCACGCUGUCAGCAACCUAAGCAUCUUUUUUUGUGCUGAAAUCACCCCAACUGUGAUUAGGGGUGGUGGUCUAGGCCUCGUCCUGGCCAGUGCUGGUUUUGGCAUGCUGACGGCACCCAUCAUGGAGCUACAUAACCAGAAAGGAUAUUUUCUGCAUCACAUCAUUUUCGCCUGCUGCACUCUUAUUUGCAUCAUUUGCAUCUUGCUGCUGCCCGAGACUCGCAAUCGGCCGCUUCCAGAAACGUUAGCAGAUGGUGAAUGCUACACCCGCCAACCGUUACUGCCGCCUCGAAAGCCCGGCGAGCAACUUCUUCUGCUGACCAAGUCUGAGAGCCGUGAGUAUGCAAGGGUAGGCGAUACACCUCUCCACGAAGCAGCUGCCACUGCUAUUUCUACUAUGGACUCUACUGCCUCAUCCGCCGUCGAUCUUCAGAUUCUCAUGGAUGCCCCCAUCCAGCAAGUGACCGGCCAGGCACAGAUAUUCAGUAUGAAGUCACUGACUUCUACCCAAGAGCCAGAUGAAAUCCAGCAAGAGUAUCCCAGAUCUGCAUCCAUGCCGGGAACCUCUGCCUCAUCUGUAGAGCAUCCUCUCCUUGCCUCUAUCCCAAACACUUCAACCCCAAUCGCUAUUAAUUACAUUCAAACACCUAAACCAGAAUCUCCCUCUGUUCGUCCUUCUUCAACUGUGGAAACUCCUUCGAUCACCGAUCCCACACUUGAGUCCCCUACCUCUUCCGAUCUCCAAACUCCUUCACUUUUAGACAUAGGUACACCAGCUGCUGAAUUCCCCUUGACUUUUGCUAAUGAUAUGGCCUCUUUAGGUCCCACCCAAACCUUUCCUCUCGGCACAUCCACUGGACAGUCACCCACUCCACCUUUAAACAACAACACUCCCUCUUCCUCAAUAGACUCUACCAUUCACCUAGUCGCUGAAAUUCUGCCCUUUUCCCCAACAGAACUGUCUUUACCACCAAUACCAGACCAGUCUGGUCAAGUCAAUGCCAUCCCAGCUCAAUCCUUUUCCUCGCCCAUAGAUCCCGGCUCUCCAUUGUUACAUUUAGUCGCCCAACCUGCUAUUAACUCCAUAGAAUCUGGCCCCACUUCACCAUCCAUAUUGGAGCCAACCUUAAAUAAUGGUACUACUCUUCUUGCCAGUGUGGAUUCAGCUGCACCUUACGCCACAACCACUGACUCUGUUACAGAAUCCAGCCAACCACUUAUGACGAACUUGACUGUUUCCUCACCUAUUGACUCAGGUACACCUUCAGACGUUGACUUGCCCAUCACAGAAACAAACACUGCCAAUGGGGAGACGUCUUCAUGAUGGACUCGUUUGCUCUUUAAGACUUGGUGGGCGGCCUUAUUAUCAAGAAGAGAUUCUUGUCAUGGGGGCUCAUGCCAGUCAUUGUUUGAAGUAUUUUUAUUUUCCAGCAGCCAUGACGCUAGAAUGGCAAUGCAAGGAGAAGGUAUGAAAGGAUUUGACUGAAAGGGAACAACCAUAAGGGUUGAUGCUCAAAGGGUUUUUACUCUGCACUGGUUUCAAUGACUUAAACAGCCUUCUUAGGGGCCGUUCACACAGAGAGCGUUUUUCUAUUCCAAGGCGCUAUUUGCCAUUGUUUUCCUAUGUAAAGAUGGUUGACUUGAUAUGUCCCGCCCUCUCUUCCUGUUUCAGUUGAAAUUACAUCACCACAUAGAAUAAAGUUGCGUGUUCAAGGCACUUCAGGUGAUCUUUAAGAUGCAUGCAGUGCUGCUCGUCAAUGUCAGGUCCAAAACAGCCGACCACUUUAGACGACCCCAGAGGCAGGGCAAGAGUUGACAGUAUCAAGUUGGCAUGGCAAGUUGUUUAAUUUGAUGGAAGCAUUGCAGAGGAGGAAUUUUGUUCUGCACCAUUUUCUAAGUUUUUAGAUGUAAAGACACAUUCUGUGUGAACGGCCCCUUACUGUGGUGCCAGUAACUGCUUUUUGGGCAGCUAGAUCCAAAUUUCCAUGUGUUAUCAUUGAGCUUGUGUUAUUACGAACACUAAGACCAGUAGUGACAAGUUCCCACUCUGGAAUUUCAUAUAGUCUAGUAAUUACUAAAAUCUGCUUGUUUGAUGGUAAUGAAAAACAGGUAGGAUCACAUUAGUCAAAUGUGAUUAAUUCUGAAUCAUUUUCUCUCAAUUAUGUGAUUGUAAUUAAGUCUACUAAAUUUAGCGAUAUUCAGGUGGGAACACGGCAUCUGUUAAGUCCAGUAUCAAAGGGAAUUUCUCCAAAGCCCAAACACUGUAUAUUUAACACUGGGAAUGUUUGCCAAUGUGUUUUGAAGUGUAAGGUAAAUACCUCUAUGAAUUAGGUGUCGAAGAAACACCAGUUUCUGUGUUCAAAAGAAUAAGUGCAGACAGAUAUGCAUAUUUCCAAACCCGAUGUAACAUAGUCACUACACAGAGACUGCUCAAAAUGGUAUUUGUAUGGUAUGUUUUAUUAAGCUAAUGUGUUUUUUUAAGCUAAUCACUAAAUUAUGGGGUAAUUUUGAGGAAUACAGAUGAUGUACUUCAUGGCUGUGUGUCUUAACCACAAUACACUCAAUCAAGUGUAUGCAACAGAUGUAUUGUGAAUGUGAAAACUUUUGUAAUUUAUGCUAUUGUGGUACUGAUGUACAGUGGUACUGACUGCUUGAAAAAAAAGAUUUUAGGUUACUAUGUCUGUAUCAAUGAGUGUAUGCCCAUUGGUAUUUUGUUACCAUGUCUGUGGCACUUUAUUGUUCACAGUAUAAAAAAAAAAGAAAAGAAAAAAAAAAGCAUGUGAACAUGAAAAAAAUGAAGCUUUCAAUGACUGACAUUGAAGUAAUGAGAACAAAUAAUAAUUGAAGGAAUGACUACAAUUGUCAUCUUUCAUUUGUGGUACAUGUAUACCCUCAGCAAUAAUAUAUUUAAAAUGUGCGACACAUGCCAUGAGUUUAAAACAUUUCAGAUUUUUUACAUUGUUAAAAAUCAGUCGAAAAUACUAAUAUUUAAUACAAAUUAAUUACCCUAAAAUAUGGUAUCAUGUGGGUGUUCUUAUUCAUAAGUCUGGCUGAAACAAUAAAUUUCGGACAUGUACUUGGCACCAGACGUAACAUUACUUUGGAUAAAAUGAAAAGAAUGUUUUUCGAUGAUUGUGGCAUAUUCUUAAUCAUUCCAGCUAAUAUUCAGUUUCGUUAUACUUUCAAUAAAUAGUAUUAUUGCCCUGAAGUAUGUAAAA